ACCAUAGUUCCGACGACAGCCGCUUUUCAAGCGACCACCGAAAAUCCGGCAGGUGUGCGAGAUGUCCGCAGCACCGCUGCAGUUUGUGCCUUUCUCGUCGAGCAUGGACGGCACCUUCUGGAGUGAACUGAGCAGGCGGAAACUGGUGCAAUAUCGGCUUGGCGAGGGACCCUUCGACGUCGGCGCCGCGUACAGCUGCGGUUCGGCCGCCGGCUUGCCUGCACUGGCGAACCUCGACAUCGGAUCUUUCGGGCACGCCAGUGGAGGCAUCAGGACCCCAGAUUCGUGCCCACUGCACGGUCUACUCUACCUUCCCAACAGCUUGGCCAACAUGAAGCAGAUAGACAAGUCCGCACUGUUGCGUGCAUCGGGCGAGCGUGCAUGGGCUGCUGCGUGUGACGGCAGGGCCUUGAAAGACCCGAGCCUCCUGAACCGCUUUGUGGUGCUUAUCUACGUCGACCUGAAGAAGUACACUUUCUGCUACUGGUUUGGCUUCCCCGUUGUGCGCCUGCCUGAGGAAGUGACCCUUGCAAAGCCACCACAGCGCCUCAGUGAUGUCUUUGAUUAUAGCAGGCUGACUUCCCUCAACGUGGCAUAUGCCACCCUAGACACACCCGAGAAGCGGGCCGCCUUUCUUGUAGUGCCGAUGCGAGAGGAAGUGCAGAUUCAGCCCUUGGAAGAGCUGCCCACUCUGGUAGCCGACUGUCGACCAUUCUACUUGGCCUUCUCGGACCCGUCGACGUCGCCUAUUCACCCGGGCUGGCCACUCAGAAACCUUCUGGCACUGGUCGUCCACCACUACUCACUGUCUCGGUGCAGCGUGCUGUGCUACCGGCGGCAGGCUCGCCACGGUCACGUAGACAGCAGCCACAGCCUCAUCCUCGAUGUCCAGCUAUGUGCCAGCGUCAUUGCCGAGGGCGUCAACUCACCCGUGUACGUCGGUUGGGAACGCAAUGCGGCGGGCAAGCUGGGGCCUAGGAGUGUGGACUUGAGUGCGAGCUUUGACCCAGCCAGACUGAUGGAGAAUGCGCUCGAGCUCAACCUGCAGCUGAUGAGGUGGCGGUUGGCACCGACGCUCGACUUGGAGGCAGUGGCAUCAGCAAAGUGCCUUCUGCUGGGUGCUGGCACACUAGGUUGCAGCGUAGCCCGGUGCCUGAUUAGUUGGGGUGUACGUUACAUCACCUUCGUGGACAACGGUGUCGUGUCGUACUCGAACCCAGCACGCCAGUCGCUGUACACAGCACGAGACUGCUGGGAUGGGGGUCGACCAAAAUGUGACGCUGCCGCCGAGGCUCUGAGCGCCGUGUCACCAGCAGUGCAUGCUCGGGGUGAAAACCUGAGGGUGCCCAUGGCCGGCCACAGCGUACCCGCACACGCCGAAGAACACGUCCAGGCCGACGUCCAGAGAUUGGAGGCGCUGGUCGCCGAACAUGAUGCCGUCUUCCUGCUUCUCGACACCCGCGAGGCCCGAUGGCUGCCGACCGUGGUCGCGGCAACGCAGCGCAAGAUCGUAAUCAACGCAGCACUGGGCUUUGACACUUUUCUCGUGAUGCGCCACGGCAUCGCGGGAGACAAUGGCGAGAAGCUAGGCUGCUACUUCUGUAGCGAUGUCGUUGGGCCGGCCGACUCUACACGUGACCGCACCCUGGACCAGCAGUGCACGGUUACGAGACCCGGUGUCGGUGCCAUGGCCGGUGCCUUGGCAGCUGAGCUCCUGGUGGGCCUGCUGCAGAGCCCCUUAAAAGGACGGUGCCCCACGUCGGAUGACGCGGAGGCCUCCGGCGAGAACCCGCUCGGACUGGUCCCGCAUCAGAUUCGAGGCUUCCUUGCCCGGCACGUGUACAUGAUGCCCACGUAUGCUGCCUUCCCCAUGUGCACGGCUUGCUCCCAGCCGGUACUCGACGAGUAUGCUCAUCGGGGCUGGGAGUUCGUACUGCAGGUGCUCAACGACGCUGCCUACCUAGAGCGCCUGACGGGACUUAGUCGGCUGCAUGAGGAGACCGACGUCGACCAAGUCUGGGCGCUGAGUGACAGCGAGGAGAGUGCAUCGUCGGGAAGCUGAGCGUGUACAUACCACCACCACUGCUAAGACAAGUGGCAGGAGAGCAAUAGAACAUUUAUGGCUGACGUAACCUUAUGAUUCGCAACGACAUGAAGUAAUGUUUUUUUUUUCACCGUGACAAUUGUACUCAAGUUUGAAAUCCUGCUGAUAUUGUUGCAAACUGUUGUGAGACAGUAACUGAGCAUCAUACGUUUGUUCAUAUGUUCUGUGGCAUUUGUUCAUAUGUUCUUUUGGCAUCACAUUGAUCAUCUGUAAUAUUCUGUCCAUUGCAUUGUACAUUAUGCCUGUAGUAUGCACUUGCUUGAUGACUAUUUAUAAUUACUCUUGAGUGUCGAUGGAAUUGUCUACAGUUGUGAUAAGCAGAUAUAUAUUUAUUUGAGAAUGUGCCCUUUAUGCAAGUGAUGCAACUGCAGGACAGUUGAAUAAAAGAAGCUGGCUGCUUGUUUGAGAGGAAUUGCGUGUGGAAGCACAUGCCAUGUACCAUGCGA